AUGUGGUGGCGGAAACAGACUGUGGCGGACGUAAAAGUGCGCGCUAGGAAGUUCAGGGAGUCUCUUGUUCGCCUCGGCCCUUUCUAUGUCAAGGCGCUGAGCACGCGCCCCGACAUCCUGCCGCCCGAGUACUGCGCUGAGCUGGCGCUGCUGCAGGACCGCAUGGCGCCAUUCCCCUGCCACGUGGCGCUUGCUACAGUGCAGCGCGAGCUGGGAGUGCCGCCCGGCGAGCUCUUUGCCGAGUUCAGCCCGGCCCCUGUGGCUGCUGCGUCGCUCGGGCAGGUGUACAAAGGUAGAAGGGGGUGUGAAGGGGUCCCGGCCCCGGCGGCUGCUGCAUCGCUGGGGCAGGUGUACAAAGCCCGCCUGCGCUCCGGCGAGUGGGUGGCGGUGAAGAUCCAACGGCCAGCAGUGCAGCAGCAGAUCGCCCUGGACUCCCUCGUGGUGCGCCGCGUGGCAGCGCUGCUGCAGCCUCUCGUGCACGGCAGAUCCGAUCUCGUUGCCAUCGCCGACCAGCUGGUGUGCCGCAUGUUCGACGAGGUGGACUACGAGCAGGAGGGACGCACGUACAAUGUGUGCCGCAUGUUCGAUGAAGUGGACUACGAGCAGGAGGGGCGCAAUGCAGAGCGCUUCCAAGCGCUCUAUGGCGACCACCGGCCCGUCGAGCAAGGGCAAUCGCAAUCGCAAGCCUCUCAGGGCAUGCGCCGCGGCCUUGUGAAGGUUCCAAGAAUCUUCUGGAAGUACUCCAGUCGGCGCGUGCUCACAAUGGAGUGGAUCGACGGCAUCAAGCUCACGGACCGUGCAGGGCUGCUGCAAGCCGGCCUCAACACACAGUUCGUUGUGGACCUGGUAGGCAGGCAGGCACCGUGGAGUUCUCUGCUCGCUGCGCCAGCUGCUGGAGGAGGGAUUCUUCCACGCGGACCCGCAUCCGGGCAAUCUGGUGGUGACACGUGGCGGCCAGCUGGCGUACUUUGA